CAGUCUCAAUUGAGGCACGAGGUUUAUCUCGAUGUGUUCUCAAUUGUGACAGGAAUGAAUUCAAAAUCACGUGUGUUCGCGACGGUAUAAAUAAAGACAAUAUAAGUCGGGACAUCAAGUGUAACUUUUGAAAAUGACAGAAACGAAAGUGUUGGAUGCGGGUGGUGACCCAAUAACAAUGAUAGAUUUCGGUGACUUUCGAUCCUCGCUAUUUGGACACACUGUUGAAUAUAUACGAAAAGUGAAUCAGGACUUGCCGGCGUUCGAGUUUCUGGAUGGGGAUGUGCUACUGGUGUCAUAUCCAAAAGCAGGCUGCACGUGGACCUUUGAGAUCCUGACGAUGCUGCUAAAAGGGAAAUCUGACGGACCACACUACAGCAAGAUGCACGUGAUGUUGGAGGCGUCGGCGCGUGAAAAUAUGACGACACUUCCGUCGCCCAGGUUGCUUAAUACGCACUUACCAUGGCGCAGGUUUCCCUCGGAUAUCAUGAAGAAGAAGGUGAAGCUUGUGUUCGUGGUACGGAACCCAAAGGACGCGGCCGUGUCGCUGUACCACAUGAUGACGGGCAUGAAGCACUACAACUACAGUGGAAGGUUCGAGAACUGGCUGCCACUUUUCAUGCAAGGUCAACUUGCCUAUGAUUGUUACCUGAAAUACCUACAUGAUUGGGAAGAGGUCUACAAGACGAAAUCACUGGAUAUGUUUAUACUGUAUUACGAGGAUCUGAAAAGGGACAGUGUUGCGGAAAUCAAGCGUCUAGCAGAAUUUCUGGAAUUGCCAGUCGACGAGAGGCUUGUUAUAGACAUCAGUGAGAAAUGCCAGUUCAGAGAAAUGAAGACGAGAUUUGAUGCGGUUGCGCUGGGUUCUGGUUCAUACAAAGUGGACAAGAACUAUGGAUUUAUGCGGAAAGGCGAGGUCGGGAACUGGAAGCAGUGGUUUACAGUAGCACAGAGUGAGCAGAUGGACGCGCUCGUGGCAGAAAAGUUACACGACUCUAUAUUUCAAUUCGAUUACCAAUGACGAUGUACCAAUCAUGAAAUUCUGUGGUGUAUUAUUUUGCGUCGGAUGUCUCACGUUGACGUGUUAUUUAUUUUUCUCUGUAAAGGAACUUGUUCACAGUUUGGAACAAUAACAAUUAAAAAGUAGUCGUAUAUUCAACAAAUAGUGUUUGCAUUAUAAUUAAACAAGCAAAAUAGCACUCGUGACUAAAAUGCUAAAAAUA